AUGUCGAGCGUGAUGUAUAAACUCGACCCGAUCAUCAACCCAUUGAUGAAACCUGAAAUUCCCGUUCCCUUCAGUAUGUAUCCCCUACCUCGUGUUUAUGAUUUGACUGAAGUGUCUUCCGUGUCGGACAGCAGGGAUAAGGCAAGUGUCGACUUGGAGAAGGUAAUUACUCAGCAAACGCAAUUAUUUGACAAUUUGAAGAAGCUUCAAGAAAGACUCGACAAACUUCGGAAUCCCGGUGCGACGUCAGAUGCUUUUGUGGAUGCCACCGCUUCAAAGCGAUCAGCUUUGCAUAACGAAGUUAAGGAGUCGAAUGACAUCAGCGUUGUCCUCCGGUGCAAUCCAUCCCGUCCUCCGCUCGCUGUUCUGGAUUUACUCGAACUUCUCAGCCAAAAUAUAGACGUGGACUUUUCGACUUUUUCGCAUUCAUCUGUGAAGGGAGAAGUGCCGAAGAUUAACCCAAAAAUUUGCCGAUUGGUGGGAAAAUCCCGGUCACCUCUCAAGUUUACCUUGAUUUGGUCUGAUAUCCAGUCAGACUGCGACUUGAUCCUGAGAGCUUUGGAUCCUUCAAGAAUCGUUGGAGAGUCUAAUGUAUGCCGUUUUUUGUAUCGAAUGCUACCAAAUCAUGACUAUUGUGAUCCGGGGAUGGCCAGUCAUGUGGAUGAGUGUAUCGAUCGUUUGGAUGCCGGAUUUGUGUGGUCUGAUCGUGUGUCGAAAGAAGCUAAAGCUUCUGCGACGAAGUUGCUGAAAGAUCCAAAAACUUCUCGAUUAAUGUUGCCGUGCAAAAGUUGCGGAUCUCGUGCGAUUCUCAAGCGACCAAAGACGGGCGAUGCACUCUGCAAGGAAUGUUUCUUCUGGGCGUUCGAAAUGGAGAUCCACAACACCAUUGUGUCCGCAAAACUCUUCAAACGAGGACAGAAAGUUGUGAUCGGUGCCUCAGGAGGAAAGGACUCCACAGUUCUUGCCCAUGUAUUGAAGACACUGAACGAUAAAUUUGACUAUGGGUUGGAGCUAUUUUUGCUGUCAAUAGACGAAGGAAUCUCGGGUUACCGGGAUGAUUCGUUGGAAACCGUGAAGCGAAAUCAGGAGCAGUAUCACUUACCCUUGAAAAUCUUGUCGUAUGAGGAGUUGUACGGAUGGACAAUGGAUAGAAUCGUCGCAGCGGUUGGCCUGAAAAAUAACUGCACAUUCUGUGGCGUCUUCCGACGUCAAGCCCUUGAUCGUGGUGCUGCUCUACUGAAAGCUGACCAGAUCGCAACUGGGCAUAAUGCUGAUGACAUUGCUGAAACCAUACUUAUGAAUUUUCUCCGCGGUGAUAUUGCAAGACUGCAACGCUGUGUUUCAAUCACUACGGGUUCCGAAGGUUUAUUACCCCGUUGCAAGCCAUUCAAAUACACCUACGAAAAAGAGAUCGUUAUGUACGCGUAUUUCAAAAAACUUGACUAUUUUUCCACGGAGUGCAAGUAUUCGCCAAAUGCUUAUCGAGGCUACGUUCGAUCUUUCAUCAAGGAUUUGGAACGUGUUCGACCAUCUGCCAUCAUUGAUAUUAUUCAUUCUGGUGAGCAGCUCAGCGUUCAAAAGACGGUUAAGUUACCCGUUCAAGGAACAUGCCAGCAAUGUGGCUAUAUAUCUAGCCAAGAUGUUUGUAAAGCGUGCAUAUUGUUGGAAGGACUCAACAAAGGACUACCUAAAUUGUCCAUUGGAAAAAGCUCAAAAUUGAAAUUCGCCGCGCCGGUCGUCAAACCAAGUUUGUGAUGUAUUCUUUUUGGGAUAAAAAAAGGUUUCCUCGCUUCGACA